CAGGUGUCCCGCGACGUCACGUACUGACCCCCACCGCGCCUGGCUCCCUACUACCACACUGCCGUCAGACUGAGGCGACAGUCGGUGAGUUAUCUCAGUGUGUGUGUGUAUGUGGUGAGGGGACAGACAUCCCGAACAUCCAGGAUAUGCCCGCGGACAAGGAUCCGGCCCCCCUCAUCGGGUCUAUAGAUGAGGGGACCAGCAGCACCAGGUUUUCGGUGUUCUCCAUGCGGACCUCCAGGAUGGUCGCCGUCCAUCAGAUAGCCAUCUCCAAGAUCUGCCCCAAGGAGGGCUGGGUGGAACAGGACCCCGUCUUGAUCCUGGAAGCCGUGAAAGACACCAUGGAAGAAGUCGCCAAGCUCGUCGGCAACCGCGGCUUCUCUAUCAGCAACAUCAAGGCCGUCGGCAUCACCAACCAGAGAGAGACUACCGUCGCAUGGGACUCCCAGACGGGCAAGCCCUUGCACAACGCCAUAGUGUGGCUGGACAUGAGAACAACGAGCACACUCGAAAUGUUAUUAGAAAAAGUGCCUAAUAAAAAUAAGAAUGUUCAUCAAAAAGUGUGUGGUCUUCCGUUGAGCCCCUACUUCAGUGCACUAAAGAUGAAAUGGCUAUUAGAUAAUGUAGAAGAGGUCAGGAACGCCCUAAACCAAGGAAGGUUGAUGAUGGGCACAAUUGACACAUGGUUAAUUUGGAAUCUUACUGGAGGGCCUAACGGUGGACUAUACAUGACCGAUGUGACAAAUGCAUCACGUACGAUGCUAAUGAAUCUUGACACAUUGUCAUGGGAUAACAAUCUGUGCAAAUUCUUCGAAAUUCCAAUUGAAAUACUCCCCGAAAUACGUAGCUCUUCAGAAAUAUAUGCAAAGAUUUCACAUGGCUCAAUAGCAGGAAUUCCAAUCGCCGGGUGUGUGGGAGACCAACAAUCUGCGCUCUUAGGGCAGGUGUGCUUGAAAAAAGGGCAGGCAAAAAGCACGUACGGCACAGGGUGUUUCCUGCUCUACAACACGGGCAACAGAAAAGCUAUAUCGAAAGCGGGCUUGUUAACAACAAUAGCAUUCCAGUUAGGGAAAAAAGCCAAGCCAGUAUACGCACUGGAAGGCUCAGUAGCGGUGGCUGGAGCUGCAAUGGCAUGGCUCAAAGAUAAUAUUGGUCUCGUAGACGAGGUGAAGAAUAUCGAGACCAUGGCCAUGUCAGUUCACCAUUCUGGUGAUGUUUAUUUCGUACCAGCGUUCUCAGGGUUAUACGCUCCAUAUUGGCAAUCUGAUGCAAGAGGUGUGAUUUGUGGUAUAACGGAAGAGACCCAAAGAAGUCACAUACUUAGGGCAGCGAUGGAAGCUAUCUGCUUCCAGACAAGGGAUAUUUUGGAAGCAAUGCACAAAGACACAGGACUUCCUUUAUCCGAAUUAUGGGUAGACGGUGGUAUGAUUAAAAACAAUCUACUGAUGCAGUUACAAGCCGACUUGUGCGGAGUGCCCGUAGUGAGACCUCAUAUGGCUGAAACAACGUCGCUAGGAGCAGCAAUCGCUGCAGGAUUAGCAGAAGGAGUGGGCGCUUUGGAUAUCGAACACCUUUCUCCAGGACCUAAUGAUGUUUUCAACCCCAAAAUCACAGAAAAAGAACGAAAUGACAGAUACAGCAAAUGGAAAAUGGCCGUUGAAAGAAGUUUUGGAUGGGAUAUUACUGGAAAUGAUAUCACGAGUUGAGACUGAAAAAAAAUACGAGCUUUGAGAUCAAACAUACAAAGACAUUUUUCUAGGAAUUAUUUUUCAAACAUUAAAAAUUAAUAAGUACUGCCAUUAAAAUUUAAUAAAAAAAGUUAAACAAGAAUUGAAUCAAUCUAUCUUAUUUAAUUUAAGACUGGAAGUGAUAAUUAAUAUAAAUAUAACAAUUAAAAAUUUAUAUUUGUAAAAUAUAUAUUUUAAAAGAGAAAAAAAGUGUAAAAGCAUACAAUUAUGUAAAUAGUUAGACUAAGAACAUAUAGAUAUUGUAUUAAUGAUACAUUUUGUGUAUAAGAAACUAAAUUUAUUUUAAGAGAAGAAAUUUAUUAAGUCAUACAUAAGUAUUUUUCUCGGCCCACUGUUCCUCAAGUGACAGUGAGUGAUUUAAUUCAUAAUGUUAUUUCUCCUUAUAAGAACAACAUAAUAAUUUUUAAAAAAUCAUCUGAAAUUAAUUAAUUUUGAAUGUUUCCUUUAUUAAUAAUGUGAAUGUAAUUUUUAUUGGAGUAUAUACAUAAAUUAUAUUCUUUUUUCUAUUCACUGAUAAGUAUGUAUUUUUAAUUUUACAUAAAAAUACACCUUAGUUCAUAUUUUCAUUCUAUAUAGUAAUGUACCACUCUUACAACCUCCAGAGGGUAGUUGAAAAUCCC